GAGCUAAGGGACUCCAGGAAGGACGGGUCCCGUGCUCCCCCUGGGUCUAGGAGCAGACCUCCUGCAGGAGACGACCUGGGAGCCAAAUUUUUUAGACUGGAGUUUAGCUGGAAACAAAGGAAUUGUAACGAGCGUUCUAGGCAUCGGAACUGUUACAUGUAAACUAGGAGUGACUGGGAGUGCCUUUGGUGCCACUGGCUUCCAGGCCAUCAGGAUGACUGCUUUGUGACAGGGAACACAGUAAAGUGAACCUAUGAUGGAGCAGCAGAGCCCGCACUAGGAAACGGAAUCCAGAGAUCUGACAAGAUCAAAGCUGCAGAAGAAUGGACAGUGAGGUACAGAGAGAUGGAAGGAUCUUGGAUUUGAUUGACGAUGCUUGGCGAGAAGACAAGCUGCCAUAUGAGGAUGUUGCAAUACCACUGAAUGAGCUUCCUGAACCUGAACAGGACAAUGGUGGCACCACAGAAUCUGUUAAAGAACAAGAAAUGAAGUGGACCGACUUGGCCUUACAGUAUCUCCAUGAGAAUGUUCCCCCUGUAGGAAACUAACACCUGGCUCCUUUCUCAUGGACAGAUUUUUGAAAAAUACAUAGAUACAAAAUGUUUUCUUUCUGUCUCCUCAUUCAGAUCUUAACAUGAUAAAUCUACACUAAAAAAUAUACACCCAACUAGUUUUUGUGACAACAAAAUGCAGUGUGAAAACACCAGAAUGAGAAACCGGUUGAGAUUUCUCAGGAAUGCAGAAUAUUUGGCCCUUUGAACCAAAAGUUCUUCAUUCACUAGCUUGUGUUUGAACAUGACUGGUUCAACAUUUGCCUUUCACUCUGAUUUUGCUUUACUGUCAGAGUUGUGUCCCGUGACAUAGGUGACUGAAGAGAUGAGAGGGCCGGGCAAAGACAGAGGAGCCAGGUGUGAGGGGACUGUUAACUUCUCACAUGCCUCCCUCUGAACAGCAGUGUAGAGCCCCUCACUGUAGGAUGGAUAUCUGGGAUUGUUGGGAUUCCUCAGAUCCCCUGUGGCAUUUUCAAAAUUUGGAUAAAUUCAUAGAUUAAAGG